AUGACAAAUGCAGCUCCCACCAAUCUGGCUGGCCACAUCUCCCCUAUUUUCCGAAGCAAGGCGACGGAAGUAACCGUACCAACUGCGGGAUCACGACAAACGUGGGGUGGAUCGACGUGUGCCUCGACCGAUGUUCCGCCGAAAUACGACGACCGAUUCAUCGAACGUCUGAGGGCGGGAGAAAAGGGGGGGGGGAGAAUAUUGCGGCACCACUGA